AUGCCCCUCAAGUCUCGAAAUGAAAUAGAGCUAGCACAGUACAUUUCCUCAAAAACACUAAUACUCCGAUGUCCCUUUGCAAAUUGUCACGCACGUAUUAUCGUCUAUUCACUGAGUAUACCGUCAGUAACUCUUAAAGAAGCCCCCCAUUGUAUCACUACAGAUUCAAACAAUUCAAGUCCAACACUCAACACAUCAACAACCGCAUUUUAUCGCAUCAAUGACGUUUGGGAUUUCGACAAUAUAGGUGUGAGUAAACCUUCGAAAGUGUUACCGGAACCAGUAGUAGUUGGCACUAUUGGCAAUAUUGGCGAUGAAGAUAAGCAACAGCAACAGCAGCAAAAGGAAAAAAUAGAUGUAGAACGAUUAUUGAUUUGCAGUGAAUGUGACCGUGGUCCAUUGGGAUUUGCUGGGAUUGCUGCGGGAGAAGACAAGGACCACAAGAAUCUCAGGUAUUUUUUGAGCGAGGAUAGUGUCUUGUAUGAUGUGGGAGAGUAG